CCCCCAUCCCGGCUCCAGGGGGCUUUUUCUUUUUCCCUUCCUGGUGCCCUUUGGCCUUAGCAUAGUCCCAGCUCUCCCCUGCCCGCUGGUCCUCCAGCUGUCUGGCACGCUGCCCUCUGCUGCUCCAUCCACCUGUGUGCCCCUCGCUGUCUGCUCCAGGUCUGCACCAGGGUACCCAGCGCCCGCUGAGUGCCUGUGCCCUGAGCCCUGGGAGCCUGACCACACAGUUGGAACUUGGACGGCUCGGAGGGUACCGAGCUCCAGAUCCAAGCCCCUCGACGACGCCCGCGUUGUGCUGAGCCGGGUGGCUGUGCGUCCCACGAUGGGCUGCUCCAGCAGCGCCCUGCACAGGGCAGACGACAGCAGCAGGUUCCGCAGCGGAGAACAAAGUGAGUCCUGUGUGGUCCAACCCAAACCCUGUACACCAGGAAGAGAAUCCACCUUUCAUGGCAACACACAAAAGGAAACCCUCCUGUUAGAGGGGCCCAAGGCUUCAGUGGUGCCUACAGCUAAUGGUGUUAAAUCCCACCACCAACCAUCUCCCGUAAAGAAUGUAGCCACAGACCAGUCAGGACCCACAAAGAAGGCUGAGCCUCUAGAGCAACAGGAAGAACGGGACUCACCUCAGUCAGGAGGCAAAGCCGCUAAGCCAGAAACAGAGGGAACCAAGAGAGAUGCGGAAACAGGGACAGAGGCUCAGCCUUUAAAAGGGAAUGCUGAGACUGAAGUGUUAGGAACAGAAGCCAAGGGUCAGCCUCUGAGGACCGCGUGGGGGAGAGACUCCCCUGGAGCAGGGGGCAGUUUUGAGAAUUCACAAGCUGGUGAAGUGAUGCAGCGCCUAGGAACAGUUGAGAACGUUCUGCCUCUGGAAACAGCUGGAGAGCUACCACCCGGAGAAGCAACGGGAAAGGAUAAACAGCCCCAGAGUCUAGAAGCAAUUCCCAAAGAAAACAACUCUCCAGAAACAUUGGAAGGAUGUCAGUUUGGGGAAAAAGUUGAUCAGCAGGAACUUCAAGUGCUCUUGGAAAAGGAUGAGCAGCCCCAACUUCUAGAAACAAUUCCCAAAGAGAACUCUCCAGAAAUAUCAGAAAGGAGUCAGUCUGCAGGAACCAGUGAAGAAAAGCAAGCUCAGGAAACACCAGGAAAAGAUGAGCAGUCCCAACUUCUAGAAACAGUUCUCAAAGAGAAUGCAACACCAGAAAUAUCUGACAGAAGUCAGCUUGUGCAAACACCUGUCACAAAUGAUCCACUCCGUGAAACUCCUGAAGGUUCCAGAAACGUAGCAGAAUCUCAACCCGAAGAAACAGUUGGAUGCAGAAAGCAUCCAGCAGGAAUUGCAGAGGCAGCAGCAAAUAUGGGAAUGAGCAGAAAAGCCCGCACUGUUAAAGAGGAGCAACACAUUGAAGGUGAGACAGGAGAAAAAGUGGGAGCAGAAGUGAAGAACAAAGCAGCAUGUGAAGGGGAUGAGACAAAAGAAGAAGAAACAGGAGAUGCCCUGGAUCUUUCAGCAGCUGGGGAUAGUGACAGAACUGGUGCACAGAGCAUGUUAUAACAGAGGACAGGAGCACUUAGGCUGUGGGGACAGAUGCUGUCUGCACCAGUGUGUGUCAUAGGAGAAUGAUGCUAUGUUUUUUUGAGUGUGUUAUUACAUACAACUGCUAAGCUGGAAACAGUUCCCUUGGGUACUGAGGAUAAAUAUGCAUUUAAAGUGACAA